GACAGCCGGCUGCCGGGUAUAUUGCACCGAACUCGAGAAGAGAAAUACGUGACCAUUUGCUCUGUAUUAAACACCAAUUUACAAGUCGAUUAGGCGGGGCAGGAGGGCAUUCUCAAGCAAGCGUUUAAAGACCGUGAUCAGCAAUCAUCAUGGUGAAGAAAAUUGUAAUAUUCGGCUCCACGGGGAUGACGGGACUCUGUGCGGUGGAAGCUGCUGUAAAAAAGGGCUUAGAAGUACGCGCAUUCGUCCGCACGCCAUCCAAACUCCCUGCUAAUCUGAAGGACAAAGUAGAAAUCUUCCAAGGCAAUGUUCUUGAGCCGGACUCCGUCAAUGACGCUGUUGAAGACAUGGACGCAGUAGUCAUAGCCCUGGGGACCAACAACCAACUGGAACCUACCUCCGACCUGUCAGAAGGCACUAAGAACAUUAUUGAAGCUAUGCGGGCGAAGGGUGUGAAGAUCUUGUCAGUCUGUCUGUCCGCGUUCUUGUUUUAUGAGCCUGACAAGGUGCCCCCGAGAUUUGUGGAUCUGAAUGAGGACCACAAGAGGAUGUACCAGGCGGUUAAGGAAAGUGGUUUGAACUAUGUUGCUGUGUUCCCUCCACAUAUUGCUGAUGAGCCAAGCAGGGAAGUCAUUGUGGAAGUGAACCCGGAGAAGUCUCCAGGCAGGGCCAUCUCCAAGUACGACCUGGGAGCGUUCCUGGUGAACUCCCUUAGUGAACCUAAGUACUACAAGUCUGUUAUUGGCAUUACCAAUGCGCCCAAAGCUUAGGUUAAUGUCAAUUUUUAUUGCACAUACGACGCAACACGAUAUGCUAUAAUUCUUCUGAUAGACUGGACACAUAAGGUCAGGGGGCCGUUUUUUUAAUUUUAAUUGCUCGAUUUCGUUUAAUAAUAUCUCCAGUACCCGGCAUUUAAAUUCUAUUAAUAGAAUUGAAAACGAGUGGUCAAUACCACUCGAUUACCCAAUUCAUUUAAAACAUUAGCAUUUCCACCGAUUUUCGAGUGACGAAAUCGAACGCUCGAAAUUAAAAAGUUACGUUACGAGUAUUUAAAAUUUAAGUUGUGGUUUGUUCUAUAUUAGCUAUUAAAGGACCAAUAGAGCUGUUCCAAAUAUGACUGACCGUGUCUAUAAACAGUGAACGAAGAAUGCACCUUAAUAUAGGGUGUUUGGCACAUCGAUUGCCAAAUUAAAACGGCAGAUAGGUUGAGUCAUUCGCUAUCUACUCAUGCAUAGAAAAAAAAUUGCCAUGGUUUUUUUUUCUACUGCUCAAGUAAAAAUUUGAAAUUUACGAAAAAUUGGCAUAGAGUUGAUCAUGAUGUACCAAACACCCUGUAUAUCAGUUAUUACAAAACAUUUCCAUCAUUUAUGCACAACGUUAUAAAAUAAGGUUUAAAUUUGUAUACUGUUUAGUUUUAGAUGUAUAUUAUUUUAUAUACUUUUAAUGUUUCAAAUAAAUAUUUUUUCUGUUUA